AUGAAGCUUUUCGAGCGAUUCCAUAAAUUGCUGUCGAGCCUCUAUACCCCCACACGUACCCUGCUCCAAUCCUCUUAUAGCAGUGAUAUCAAAGUUCAAUCGAGCAGCUAUGUCUUCCCAGCAGAGUCAGAGCCCCAUGAAGCCACAAUGAUGGGGUUACCAUCUCGAUGUUCUCUACCCCCCGAUCAGUAUGAUACUGUGUGCAACGAAUUAGCUCAGCUAGCGGCGACGGUCACCGAGUUCGAGCCAGUUCGGCUGUACGUGAGGCCCGAAGAGAUCCAAUUGGCCGAGUCCCUAGUCAAAACCUUUGUGAAAGACACUUCAAAGAUAUCUAUUAUUCCGUGUCCAAUCAACCACUGCUGGGUACGCGACACAGGCCCAGUCUACGUGCGCGACACGACCGGAACAUCUCCAAAUCAACGGUUCGCAAUCAACUUCCGAUUCAAUGAAUGGGGUGGUAAGAAACCUGAAGACGAUGGAAUUUGCUGGGGUCAGCGCUGGCCCGUGCUGGAUGAGAAGGCAUUGCAGGAAAACGCUGAUUUUGCGCGGUGGGUGAUUGAGCACGACUGCGAACCCAGCCCCGUUACGCAGGUCGAGACUUCGAUUCGCGCCGAGGGCGGUGGUCUCGUCACCGACGGCGAGGGAACCCUGCUUAUUACGGAGAGUAGCAUUGUAUGUGAUGUGCGCAACCCAGGGGUGUCCAAGGACGAGAUCGAAGCGGAGCUGAAACGGCUGCUCGGGAUUGAAAAAGUGAUAUGGUUCCCAGGACGACGCAAUGUCGACAUUACCGACGUGCAUAUGGACGCUGAGGCAAGAUUCGUGCGCCCUGGUGUCAUCGCUUACUCCAGACCACAUGUCAUUUCACCCAACUUGUGGAAGGAGCUCUCUACCGAGAUCUUGGAGAUUUUGGACCGUGAGACAGACGCCAAGGGUCGGCGUUUACAGAUCCACACCAUCGAAGAACCCGACCCACGAGGCUUGGUGAAAUCAGAUCAUGAUGAAUUGUCGGCUAGUUAUGUGAAUUUUUAUUUUGUCAAUGGGGGUCUGAUAAUCCCUCAAUUUGGUGAUGGAGAAAGGGAUCAAAAGGCCCUGGAACUGUUUCAGCAAUUGCUCCCUGAGCGGGAGGUUCGUCAGGUGUAUGUCAACGCCAUUCCCCUUACUGGUGGAGUGCUUCACUGCGUGACCCAGCAGGUUCCUGCACUGCAAUAA